AUGGGGCACACGGACAUCACAUGGCUGAGUCUGGGUGUGUUUCGGGUGGCUGAUUUCAUUGUCGGUGCUGAUCUGGCUGUAGUGAGUGGGAAACCAUCCCUAGUGAAACCACAACUUCUGGCUGUAGUGAGUGGGAAACCAUCCCUAGUGAAACCACAACUUCUGGCUGUAGUGAGUGGGAAACCAUCCCUAGUGAAACCACAACUUCUGGCUGUAGUGAGUGGGAAACCAUCCCUCGUGAAACCACAACUUCUGGCUGUAGUGAGUUGGAAACCAUCCCUAGUGAAACCACAACUUCUGGCUGUAGUGAGUUGGAAACCAUCCCUAGUGAAACCACAACUUCUGGCUGUAGUGAGUUGGAAACCAUCCCUCGUGAAACCACAACUUCUGGCUGUAGUGAGUGGGAAACCAUCCCUAGUGAAACCACAACUUCUGGCUGUAGUGAGUUGGAAACCAUCCCUAGUGAAACCACAACUUCUGGCUGUAGUGAGUUGGAAACCAUCCCUCGUGAAACCACAACUUCUGGCUGUAGUGAGUGGGAAACCAUCCCUAGUGAAACCACAACUUCUGGCUGUAGUGAGUUGGAAACCAUCCCUAGUGAAACCACAACUUCUGGCUGUAGUGAGUUGGAAACCAUCCCUAGUGAAACCACAACUUCUGGCUGUAGUGAGUUGGAAACCAUACCUCGUGAAACCACAACUUCUGGCUGUAGUGAGUGGGAAACCAUCCCUAGUGAAACCACAACUUCUGGCUGUAGUGAGUUGGAAACCAUCCCUAGUGAAACCACAACUUCUGGCUGUAGUGAGUUGGAAACCAUCCCUCGUGAAACCACAACUUCUGGCUGUAGUGAGUGGGAAACCAUCCCUAGUGAAACCACAACUUCUGGCUGUAGUGAGUUGGAAACCAUCCCUAGUGAAACCACAACUUCUGGCUGUAGUGAGUUGGAAACCAACCCUAGUGAAACCACAACUUCUGGCUGUAGUGAGUUGGAAACCAUCCCUAGUGAAACCACAACUUCUGGCUGUAGUGAGUUGGAAACCAUCCCUAGUGAAACCACAACUUCUGGCUGUAGUGAGUUGGAAACCAUCCCUAGUGAAACCACAACUUCUGGCUGUAGUGAGUGGGAAACCAUCCCUCGUGAAACCACAACUUCUGGCUGUAGUGAGUGGGAAACCAUCCCUCGUGAAACCACAACUUCUGGCUGUAGUGAGUUGGAAACCAUCCCUAGUGAAACCACAACUUCUAGCUGUAGUGAGUUGGAAACCAUCCCUAGUGAAACCACAACUUCUGGCUGUAGUGAGUUGGAAACCAUCCCUCGUGAAACCACAACUUCUGGCUGUAGUGAGUUGGAAACCAUCCCUAGUGAAACCACAACUUCUGGCUGUAGUGAGUGGGAAACCAUCCCUCGUGAAACCACAACUUCUGGCUGUAGUGAGUUGGAAACCAUCCCUAGUGAAACCACAACUUCUAGCUGUAGUGAGUUGGAAACCAUCCCUAGUGAAACCACAACUUCUAGCUGUAGUGAGUUGGAAACCAUCCCUCGUGAAACCACAACUUCUGGCUGUAGUGAGUGGGAAACCAUCCCUCGUGAAACCACAACUUCUGGCUGUAGUGAGUUGGAAACCAUCCCUAGUGAAACCACAACUUCUAGCUGUAGUGAGUUGGAAACCAUCCCUAGUGAAACCACAACUUCUGGCUGUAGUGAGUGGGAAACCAUCCCUAGUGAAACCACAACUUCUGGCUGUAGUGAGUGGGAAACCAUCCCUCGUGAAACCACAACUUCUGGCUGUAGUGAGUUGGAAACCAUCCCUAGUGAAACCACAACUUCUGGCUGUAGUGAGUUGGAAACCAACCCUAGUGAAACCACAACUUCUGGCUGUAGUGAGUUGGAAACCAUCCCUAGUGAAACCACAACUUCUGGCUGUAGUGAGUUGGAAACCAUCCCUAGUGAAACCACAACUUCUGGCUGUAGUGAGUUGGAAACCAUCCCUCGUGAAACCACAACUUCUGGCUGUAGUGAGUGGGAAACCAUCCCUAGUGAAACCACAACUUCUGGCUGUAGUGAGUUGGAAACCAUCCCUAGUGAAACCACAACUUCUGGCUGUAGUGAGUUGGAAACCAACCCUAGUGAAACCACAACUUCUGGCUGUAGUGAGUUGGAAACCAUCCCUAGUGAAACCACAACUUCUGGCUGUAGUGAGUUGGAAACCAUCCCUAGUGAAACCACAACUUCUGGCUGUAGUGAGUUGGAAACCAUCCCUAGUGAAACCACAACUUCUGGCUGUAGUGAGUGGGAAACCAUCCCUCGUGAAACCACAACUUCUGGCUGUAGUGAGUGGGAAACCAUCCCUCGUGAAACCACAACUUCUGGCUGUAGUGAGUUGGAAACCAUCCCUAGUGAAACCACAACUUCUAGCUGUAGUGAGUUGGAAACCAUCCCUAGUGAAACCACAACUUCUGGCUGUAGUGAGUUGGAAACCAUCCCUCGUGAAACCACAACUUCUGGCUGUAGUGAGUUGGAAACCAUCCCUAGUGAAACCACAACUUCUGGCUGUAGUGAGUGGGAAACCAUCCCUCGUGAAACCACAACUUCUGGCUGUAGUGAGUUGGAAACCAUCCCUAGUGAAACCACAACUUCUAGCUGUAGUGAGUUGGAAACCAUCCCUCGUGAAACCACAACUUCUAGCUGUAGUGAGUUGGAAACCAUCCCUCGUGAAACCACAACUUCUGGCUGUAGUGAGUGGGAAACCAUCCCUCGUGAAACCACAACUUCUGGCUGUAGUGAGUUGGAAACCAUCCCUAGUGAAACCACAACUUCUAGCUGUAGUGAGUUGGAAACCAUCCCUAGUGAAACCACAACUUCUGGCUGUAGUGAGUGGGAAACCAUCCCUAGUGAAACCACAACUUCUGGCUGUAGUGAGUGGGAAACCAUCCCUCGUGAAACCACAACUUCUGGCUGUAGUGAGUUGGAAACCAUACCUCGUGAAACCACAACUUCUGGCUGUAGUGAGUGGGAAACCAUCCCUAGUGAAACCACAACUUCUGGCUGUAGUGAGUUGGAAACCAUCCCUAGUGAAACCACAACUUCUAGCUGUAGUGAGUUGGAAACCAUCCCUCGUGAAACCACAACUUCUGGCUGUAGUGAGUGGGAAACCAUCCCUAGUGAAACCACAACUUCUGGCUGUAGUGAGUUGGAAACCAUCCCUAGUGAAACCACAACUUCUGGCUGUAGUGAGUUGGAAAUGUCACUCUAGCAUCUCUCCUGUGGUUCAGCCUGUUACAUGUCACUCUAGCAUCUCUCCUGUGGUUCAGCCUGUUACAUGUCACUCUAGCAUCUCUCCUGUGGUUCAGCCUGUUACAUGUCACUCUAGCAUCUCUCCUGUGGUUCAGCCUGUUACAUGUCACUCUAGCAUCUCUCCUGUGGUUCAGCCUGUUACAUGUCACUCUAGCAUCUCUCCUGUGGUUCAGCCUGUUACAUGUCACUCUAGUAUCUCGCCUGUGGUUCAGCCUGUUACAUGUCACUCUAGCAGCUCUCCUGUGGUUCAGCCUGUUACAUGUCACUCUAGCAUCUCUCCUGUGGUUCAGCCUGUUACAUGUCACUCUAGCAUCUCUCCUGUGGUUCAGCCUGUUACAUGUCACUCUAGCAUCUCUCCUGUGGUUCAGCCUGUUACAUGUCACUCUAGCAUCUCGCCUGUGGUUCAGCCUGUCAGUUGUGGUCCAGGGGUCAACUUGAGAGGUCACUCACUCCCGUGGCGCUGUAUAUCCAGGAAGAACGGGGGGGAGAGAUAACACAAACACUUCCUGAUUCACAACAUGGGGCGGGGGCUUAUUCCGGAGGGGCACAACAACGUUAACAUAGAAAUACAUUGUGUAGAACAGUCAUGACUGUCUGUAAUGUGAAAUAGGGAAUGGUAACCAGUCUAUACUUCAUAUCUCUAUCUGCAACGGCCUAGUAAAUGGUGCAUCCUACUGACUAAGCCCCUAGAAAGGCUUGUUUUGUAACUCUGUGUCUCAUGAUCCUAACUCCUCUAAUAGGACUAGCAUUCAAGCAAACAUGCAGUACAGAAAAAACGUUACAUUGGUCUUUUGCCAUAAAAAAACUGCAUAAAUACUGAUUAAUCAGUCAAUGCUAAUUGGAAGAAAUCAGGUUUGGAUUUGAUUGAAAUGGGUUACUGUUAUUGGAUUUGAAUGAGAUGGUGUAUUGCUGGAACACAGGAGCUAGUAGGACUUUUCCACAAUGUGAAAUACCUGCAGUGCGUGUUUGAUUGAACUCAGCCCUUGGGUCUACAGCUGCAGCCUGCCACAACACAAAUACCAUUCAACCCACUCUGACCUACAAUGGCCUCAGAAAAACAUGUAAGACUUUAUAAAAAUAAGACUUUUGGUUUGAACUGAAUGUCAUUGCUCCCCGAUUGUAAUCUGAUGAUGUUAACAUGCCUUCGGACUUUGUACAUAUUUUGAACAUGGCCUUGGUUUUUAUAUGAGAAAAUGUGUCUAUAAGUGCUUUAUAGGCAAAGCGUUUCGGUACGCUUGUGUUGUUGACAGACCUGGGUUGAAAUACUAUUUGAUAUCAUUUCAAAUACUUUAUCUUGGCUUGAUUGAGCUUGACUGGCACAAUGGAACCAAUAGAAUAGUCACAAGGACUGCAAGCCUCGCCCAUCAGGCACUCCAGGCAGACUAGACUAGAGCAAACUCUGAACGUUUUUGAAAGAUUUCAAGUAGUAAUUGAACCCCGGUCUGGUUGUUAAAUACAAGUACUAUCUGAGCAUAUUGUAUAUCUGAGAAGCCAAGAUUAUAGGUUUUCCUAGUUUUUGUUUUUAGACUUUACAAAACAUGUGAGAUGUCUUUUUGUUCUUUCUACCAGCUGUGUUAUAGCCUAGUGAAGCAUUAAACUGCUGUUGUAAGGAAAAGGACCAAGUCAAUGGUUAUGUACCAAAUGGUACCCUAUUCCUUACAAGUGACACUUCUUUUGACCAGAGCUCUAUGGACCCUGGUUCAAAGUAGUGUACUACGGUACUUAGGGAAUAGGGUGCCAUUUGGGAUGCAGUUAUUAUUAUUGCUUUUUGGGGAAAGCAAACUGUAGUUAUUAUGGAGUGUCCUAUGUAGGUUAGGUUGUGCUGUUGUUGUUGUUGUGGGUGUACAAUUGGGUUUCCCUUUUCAUUUAUCAAGAGUCAAGAACAAGGAAAUGUUCUUCUUUUUUUUAAACAGUGCCUGUUAAAUUAAAUAUUAAAAUAUGAAUGCUUUUGAAUUACAAGACUAUCUAUAAAGUUAGGUUUGACCAAGUUGUUCUCUCACCAAUUGACAUCAGAUGAGGAUAUAGGAUUUAGGAUGAGAAGUUUGACCAAAUCCAGUUGUGAAGUGUAAAAGAAGCCUGCCUGCUACAACAUGUAAAAGGGUUGUUUGUGUCUGAUGUAGCUAGUGUUGUCUGUCUGCCUCAGGAAAGAAGAACCCUGGUUAACAGGUUCAUUCUCUAUUCUGGGUUUUCAACAGAGGAUCCUGCAUAUAACCAGUCCCACAGGAGCAAUACAACUCUUUGUCUUCGUCCCAAAGGGCAAUCUAUUCCUUUAUAUAGAGCACUACUUUCAACUGGUCAAAUGUAGUGCACUAUGUAGGGACUAGUGUGUUAUUUGGGACACGCAGACUUAUUAUACACUAUUUCCUAACUGAAUGACACCAAGUUGAGUCAUUCAUGGAGAAUGUUAACAUUGUGCAUUAGAGCAUGUUUUGUUUGUGUUCAUUAAAGGAGUAAUUCACUGGUUGUGCUCUCUUCCUCUUCAAACAUUUUCCUUUCUCAGGCUUUAGUUAAAACAACUACUUUGUAGACCAAUAAACGUGUC